AUUAUGACCUCUCUUGUUUUAUCCCUUCACCUCUCUCCUUCCUCCUUCCUUCCCCCAUCGGCCUCUCUGUAAAAUUUUAUCAGAUUAAAAAUCUGUUGAAUUUAAGAAAAAGGUUCAUUCUUUAAGCCGUAAAUAAAAAAACCCAAAUAAAAAAAACCCCAUCUUUAGGAGCUAAGGGAUUCGAAAUGAAGAGGGAACACAACCACGGGAAUACUUCCUCCGGCGGAGGCUGUAGCGGCGGAGCUGCGGUGGAGGGUGCGAGCUCAAGCUCAUCAAUGGCAUCGAACAAAGGGAAGAUUCUGAGGUUGGAGGAGAAAGAGACCACUGGAGUGGACGAACUGCUCGUGGUGUUGGGUUACAAGGUCUUGUCUUCCGACAUGGCUGACGUCGCGGAGAAGCUCGAGGAGCUCGAGAUGGUUCUUGGUUCUGUACAAGACGACGGAAUCUCGCACCUGUCGAACGACACCGUUCACUACAACCCUUCCGAUCUCUCCGGUUGGGUCGACACCAUGCUCGCGGAUCUCGACGCGACCAGGAACCACUGUCGGGUCUUCGAAGACCACUCUGAGUACGACCUCCGAGCCAUCCCGGGCUCCGCCGCCUUUCCGAGACCUGACCCGGAAGAAGAUGUGAACCGAAGAAAACGGGUCAAAACUGGGUCGGGCCCGGAUCUCACCGAGUCGACUCGGUCUGUGGUUCUGCUUGACUCGCAGGAAACAGGGGUGCGUCUGGUGCACGCGCUAAUGGCGUGUGCAGAAGCCGUGCAGCAGAACGACCUGAAGCUGGCCGACGCGCUCGUGAAGCACGUGGGUCUGCUCGCGGCGUCGCAGGCUGUCGGAGCCAUGAGGAAAGUGGCAACGUACUUCGCCGAGGGCUUGGCGCGAAGGAUCUACAGGAUCUACCCACGUGACGAAGGAUCUCUGUUCUUCUCCGACACACUUCACUUCCACUUCUACGAGUCCUGUCCGUACCUCAAAUUCGCCCACUUUACCGCGAAUCAGGCAAUUCUCGAGCGGUUCGCGACGGCGGAGAGAGUCCACGUCAUCGAUCUCAGCCUCACCCUGGGAUUACAAUGGCCGGCUCUCAUCCAAGCCCUCGCUCUCCGACCAGGCGGUUCACCAGCGUUCCGGUUAACCGGAAUAGGCCAGGUCUCGGACUCGCCGGAAAAUGCCGACCCUCUUCGUGAAAUCGGAUGGAAACUCUCUCACCUCGCUCGAACUCUCGGUGUCGAAUUCGAAUUCAAGAGUAUUUCGGUGAAUUGCUUGUCGGAGCUUGAACCAGAGAUGUUCGAGACCCGACCCGGAUCCGAAUCCGUCGCGGUUAACUCGGUUUUCGAGCUCCACCGCCUCUUGGCCCGCACCGGUUCGAUUGAGAAGGUCUUUUCGACUAUAAAAUCGAUUAAACCGGAUAUCAUCACCGUUGUCGAGCAAGAAGCGAACCACAAUGGAGCAGUUUUCCUCGACCGGUUUACCGAGUCGCUGCAUUACUCCUCGAGCCUGUUUGACUCGCUGGAGGGCCCACCGAGUCAGGACCGGAUAAUGUCCGAGUUAUUCCUCGGACGGCAGAUACUGAACCUUGUGGCUUGUGAAGGACCGGACAGGGUCGAAAGGCACGAGACGCUUUCUCAAUGGCGAAUCCGAUUCGGUUCGGCAGGUUUCGAACCGGUUCACCUUGGUUCGAAUGCGUAUAAACAAGCCAGUAUGUUAUUAGCCCUAUUUGCCGGGGCUGAUGGUUACAGAGUGGAGGAGAACGACGGUUGUUUAUUGCUCGGAUGGCAGAUGCGACCGCUCAUCGGCACCUCGGCAUGGCGACUAGCGGCCGGCUAGCAGCAGCUGUGAGUCAACUCGGUUGUGAGUCAAGGAUUGUAAGACGAUGCAAACCAAAAUGUGCAAAAGGCUGCAGGAUUUUACGUUUGUUUUAACUUUCAUGAAGUAAAAACAAAAAACUUUAAAUUUAUAUGGUCUUUUAUUGAAAUCGAAUUUUAUUACAAUCGCACUUGAUGUCA